CACUGACAGGUACAGGUAUCCAAUGUAACGUGACUUUACCGGAAGUCUAGAAAUUAAGGGCAGAGAUCACGUGACUGAGUGCGGCACACAUUGAAGGUAGCAAAUAACAACCAAUGAGCAGCGUUGUAUUACCAGAAAGAGACAUCAGUCAUGGAGGUUUUGCGUCCCACCCUAAUCAACAUUGAAGGUCGAAUAUACAGGAAGAACACAGUUCAGGAGGCAACGUAUCAGAAUGAGGAAGAGGAGGAUGAUUUUUAUAAGGAGUCCAUGCAGUGUUUAGAUGAGCCAUGUGAUGACUUUAUGAUUGAGGAGACUGAGAAGGGUUUCCAGUGUUCCAUAAAUCUUCCGAGCCAACUUUUUAAAUACAUAAUAGGCAAAAAAGGGGAGACCAAGAGAAAUCUGGAAUCGGAGACUCACACCUCUAUCAGUAUUCCUAGACAGGGGAUGGAAGGAAAAAUAGUAAUUACAGGACAUAAUCGCAAUGGAGUUAUUUCGGCAAGGACUCGCAUUGAACUAUUGGCAGAGACAUUUAGAAAGAAGCAGCCAUUUACCCACUUCUUGUCUUUUGCGCUCAACCAACCAGAGAUUCAGGAUAGUUUCCUAAAGUUUAAAGAAGAGGUCUUGUCAAAAUGUUCCAAGGAUCAUGGAAUAGACAGCUCCAUUUUCCAAAAUCCCGCAAAGCUUCAUCUGACGAUUGGGACCUUGGUUUUGCUUAAUGAGACUGAAGUGACACAGGCUUCUCAACUUCUGCACAGCUGCAAAGAGGACUUUCUGGACAAAAUUGCUGCUGCGAAACCCAUGAAAGUGGAAGUAUCCGGAAUAGAAUAUAUGAAUGAUGAUCCUGCAAUGGUAGAUGUCCUGUAUGCCAAAGUCCAGAUGAAGGAUGGAUCAGAAAGGUUGCAACUCAUAGCGGAUCGCCUCAUGCAGAAAUUUGUGGGCUCAGGGCUGAUGUUAAAAGACUGGGACAGAGUAAAACUCCACGCUACAGUUAUGAAUACACUGUUCCGACGCGACCCCUUAGCUGAAGAAAGAUCCUCCAUUUUUUCUGCAAAGCCUGGCCAAAGAGAAAGGGAGUCAUUUGAUGCCAGGAAUAUUCUGAAGCUCUUUGACAACUUCUAUUUUGGAGAAAUCAACCUGGACACUGUUCAUCUUUCCCAGAGGUUCUCUGUGGAUAGCUGUGGUUACUACACAUCAGCUGGACAAGUCCAAAUCUCCUGAGGAACCUGGCUGUCAAUAACUCCCAGAAUUCUCUUCUGCAAUAAUCCAGGGGAUUAGGUGGUGUAUAGAGGUUUAUGGUUUGCGAUAUUUGAUUCAUUUAGAUUGAAUUGAGGAAGUGCCACUCUAGUAGUUCUGUGUUACAUUUUUCAUCAACCAUUGCAAAUAUGAAUUUCAAUUAAAGCCAACUAUGAAUAUUUCCUGUUUUAAUUGUUAUUGGAUAAAUUGGUAAAUAUUGGAGGUAUUUUAUGUGUUUAUCUUGCCGAUAAUAUUA